AUGCGGCCAACAGCCCAGGAGGUGCUGCAGCACCACUGGCUCCAAGGUGUCCCUCCCCCGAGUCUUCCUGAGCUGCUCCUUAUGCCCCCCCAAAUGGCAAUCCUCAAUGUUAUGGAUGGCAUGGGAUUUAAACCGCUGAAGGUCAUCAACUCAGCGAGGAGAAAGGAGAUGGCCACAUUCCUGCUGUUGCAGAGCCAGGGACUCCAGGGGCCGCCCUUAAGGAUCCAGCAGCAGAGGGAGGCGAUGCUGGAAGGCACUGAAGAGGAGCAUCAGAGGCUGCCUGACAGCCCUGUGCUGCUGCUGCCUGCCACCCUCAGGGCUCCAUCGACACAAGGUGGCCCCAAUGGCCGGCAGCGAGAGCGCUGCCCUGGAGCAGCCUCCGUCCUCACCGCCGCCGCGGGCAAGCAGGCCUGGUCCCCAACCGCCCCCUGGGCAGCGUCCGCGGCGUCCCUACGUCGGCGUCGCCGCCCGAGCGCAGCGUCCGCCUGUCCCCCAGGAUCGCCCGGCCGCUGCCCGAAACCCGCGAGGAGCUGUGGCGUCGCCUGCGCGGCCUCAUCAAGGACAGCCUGUGAUGAUCUUCAGCAAGAGGUGAAAGAACUCUUUUCUUCUUUGGGAGUCAACUAUAAUAUCUUGGAACUUGAUCAAAUCGAUGAUGGGGCCAGCAUUCAGGAGAUGCUGUUAGAGAUCACUAACCAGAAAACCGUGCCCAAUAUUUUUGUGAAUAAAGUACAUGUGGGUGGAUGUGACCAAACUUUCCAGGCGCAUCACAGCGGCUUAUUGCAGAAGCUCCUCCAGGAAGACUCGGCCUGCGAUUAUGACCUCAUUGUCAUCGGGGGCGGUUCCAGUGGCCUCUCCUGUGCAAAGGAAGCUGCCAACUUGGGAAAGAAAGUCAUGGUACUGGACUUUGUAGUCCCAUCACCGCGGGGCUCAACCUGGGGUGAGCCUCUUUGCUUCCGUCCUCUCUGCUUUUUACCUGCUUCGUUUGCUGGUAUAAUUUCAUUUAAUGCCCACAACAAACUCAAGCAGCUAAGUAGCCUGUUCUAUAGAUGAGGAGACUGAAUCGAAGUUUAGAGUUAACAAGUGGUGAUACUGAAAAGAUAAAAGUAACUAAGGAAGCCGGGGAUUUAUCUCAGUGGUUCCUCUGCCUGCUUUGCAAGCACAAGCUGUCAAGUUCGAUAACCGGUACCAAAAAAAAACAAGUAACUGAGGAAAAUUUUACAAAAAGAAAAAAGAUUUCAGGACCCAAACAUUCUACCACUUGUGCUGUGGUUUUCAGUGUAUGUGUGCUAAUAUUUUUACCAUGCCAUGGUCACAGUGUAUGUACGUGUCCUGGUCACCCAGGUUUGCCCUGUGUUUCAUGUCAGUUUCACCAGGCAGUCUAAGGGCUGCCUGCAUGGAUGCAGUCAGGGUCUGGGCCACCACCGUGUGGGUGAGUAAGGAGCACGGUGCGGGCCAGCCCUGCAACUGCUGUGUACAGUGAGGCAGCUUGGCUUCCUUGCUUCCUUCACUGCUUUUCAGUAAAACAGAACACACGGGUUUAGUGCUGGGUGUUUUCUGCGCAUGCUUCACAUGCAUUCUCCUUCCGUCUCUCCCCAGAAAACGGAUCAGGUGGCAGCCCCACUGCCUUCCAAUAUCCGCUGGGCUCAGCCAGAGUAUUGGAGAGAAGGGAAGGUGGAGCUGGGUCCUUAUUCUCCUGCCUUCCACCCUGUCCAGUCACUUCCUGCUCCUCUGAAGGGCCACAUGUGUCAGAGGCUCCUCUGGGUCAUAGCACUCAGCCUUAUUGUCCCUUCAUGUGGGGCUGCCAGCAGUCCCUGCUGACACUGGUUUGGGGACUGUUCUGGCCCUUUCUGCCUAUACCUUGCAAUAAUUUAUCCAUGAACCCUCUUCAGUUACCCAGCUUGAAUGUAGCUUCUCUUUUCUGCCAGAUUGUGAUGAAUAAAAUAUCAAAAUCUUUUGUUAUUUUUGAGACAGGGUCUUGCUA